AAUAUUACCACUUAUAUGUUUUAUUCAAUGGAAAGCAGGCAAUGAAAUAAUUUUGUGCUAAUAGUAUUCCCCCUAAGCCCAACCAUUUGAGUUAGCAGCAUUGUUUUCAGACAAGACUGGCAACAAAAAUAAAAACAAUAUAAGCAUACAUAGAAAGUAUUCGCAUAUCGUAUUAUUAUAAAAAAAGAAGUUGUGUGUAAUUCCAUUGAGAGCACUAGUUUCCCACUUCAAUAAAUUAUGGCUAGAGCAAGUUAUGGAGUAGCUCACAAAAAACCCGAAAUGGUACAAAAGCAGACGAGAAUAAUACGUCGCACAAAGCGCUAGCUUCCCUUAAUGUGGUAGUCAAAGCUUUGCGGCGGCGCGCACAAACCGAGUCAACCUUCAAACUAGUGGUACCUACAGAUUCAGUCGAAAGCCUACCGUUGACGCGUUUAUUGGUGCAUUGGGAAGUAGUGAAUAACCUUCAUUUUUGGCAAAAGUCAAGUGAAGUUUCUUUUAUUGAUUUAACAGUGAAAUCGCAUUUUUAUCAUUUGCUAUUGUUAAUCAAAUGCUUUUCUUUAAUCGUACUAUGGAAUACCUGCAAGAUAUCUACGGAAAAGUUGUUGACUAUGUAUAUGGUGAAAGCAGUUACAAUAAUACGCCACGCAAAAUAGUCGCUUUUGGUAACGUGCUGCUGGACCAUACCGCGCAGCUUCCGAAAGGCGAAACAGAGCUAUUGGAACGAUUUCAAAUACCGGCAGAAUCGAAAGGCGAACUUGAUGCGGAGACUUUAGCAAAGUUAGCAGCUGAAGCAGCCGAACGUGUGCAAUUUGAAGUAAAUCCCGGUGGCUCUGCUUUGAAUACAGUGCGUAUACUCAAACAACUCGGUACCGAUGCACUUUUCUUUGGUGCUGUGGGUGAAGAUAAAGCAGCAGAGAAGUUAAAAGAUAUACUACAGGAACGUGAAAUUGAAACGAGACUCGCCACAGUGACUGACGUACCGACCGGCCAGUGCGUCUGCAUCGUCAACAAAGACACCAAAACAAAAGCGUUGUACGCCAAUAUUGGCGCAUCGGCCAAACUCUCCGUCGACCAUUUGCGAAAAGCUGAACAUGACGAGACACAGACCUUUCUCCGUCCCAUCGAACGUAAACAAAUACUCUAUAUCGAAGGUUUCUUUGUGCCGCAACGCCAAGAUGUCUGUGACUUCAUUGUACGGAGCUACAUUAGAGAACGUCGUCGCUUGGCAAUCAAUUUAAAUGCCGAAUAUAUUAUAAGAGAAAACUUCCGACAACUACGCGAACUGGCAAGUGCAGCAUUUUUCAUAUUUGGCAAUCGCAAGGAACAUAUGACAUUUGCGCAGCAGCUGGGUUACGAAACAAUUGAUGAUGCAGCCAAACAUUUGUUGGAGCAAAGCAGCACAGCCAAAGUGAUUGUGGUGACAAAUGGCCGUGAAUGUGUACAGUUGAUUACAAACUACGAGGAUGAGUAUGCAGCGCCAGGUGCAAUUACAUUUCAAAGUUUCCACGUGCCACGUGUCAACGAAGUUGUAGACUCCACAGGUGCUGGUGAUGCAUUUGUGGCGGCAUUUUUGCAUGCCUGGCUGGAGAAACGCUCGUUGAGCGAGUGUGUGCGUGUGGCAAGCGAUGUGGCGGCCAAAGUGGUGACGGUUGUGGGUUGCAAUCUACCAUGAAGCUAUAAAGCGGAAAUGCAACAACCAAGCAAUAUUCAACUGACGCACUCAAUCAGCGGCAAUAAGCGCUACAAAAGCUGUAGUUUGUUUAGAAAACAAAACCUUUUUAUUAUUUAAUAUUCUAUUUUUUGUAUUAGUUAUUAAGUAUGCAGUAGUUUCAUCGUCACGCUCUUAAUUAUUGGCUGCCUCAUAAACAUUUGAAUGCCUCAAGUGCAUUUGUACUUUCAUAUACAUACAUACAUACAUACAUGCAAACACAUAUACAAGCUAUCACAUGCUAAUCGGUCUCAAUUCACGCCACAUUUCUCAUAUGUUAGUUGAAAAUGCCUUGACAUUGACUCAUUUAAUGUCUCAGUCUCAUCUCGCACACAAAGCGGUAAUGCACAAUGCUGAUAAAUACACAGCGCCAUAAUUUCAUCACAAUAUCCACCAUAAAAAGUACUUAAGCUUAUGUACUCAAGUGUUGUUUUUUCGUUAAAUACCUCACACUUGUCCACAGAUUUAUGUGUGUCGUCAAGUUUAUAUAGAGUUCUAUAAUCAGAAGCUUACCUAUACUUAUGUAUGACCGCAUAAUAGGUCUCGAGCAGUGAGUGGGCCGUAAUUAGAAUGUGCAAAAAUUUUAUAAUUGUUUACGCUCAAAUCUCCAAAGCUUGCUACGCUUAUACAUUUUUUUUUUGGUGGAAGUGUUUAUUUAUAGAACAACUUUGAAAAUGACUAACGAUUUAAAACUAAACCAACGAAUAACCGCAUAUAACUUGAAGAAAAUCAGUUUUUUUUAAUAAAUUGAAUUUGUCGCCCCAUUUAAGCUAGUUGCAUUUAAGUUUACUUCAUUUUGAUUUUAGUAUUUAGCUCAGACCAAGUGACUUACAUACACACAAAUAUUUUAAGUGCCUUAUUUUAUAUUCAUAUAUUUUGUCACUAAUCAUUUCAUAUACAUUUAAUAAAAAGAUAAGUGUGCAAUACACCGUUCUUAAUUAAGUUUCGAUGUUGUUUUUUUAGUAUUAAUUUCACAUAUCAAAUAUUGUUGUUCUCAACUCAUAAAUGGAAAGUAAAUUUAAAAUAAGUUUAUCAUGAUGGUUGUAAGUGCCUUAAGAAGAGCGCAAAAAAAUUUAAAAAAUAUAAAAAAAUGCUCGGCGCAUUAUAUAAGUUUUUAUCUUAAAUAGUAUAUAGAGUACCACAACUUCCAAAAGCUUACAAAUAAAUUUAACAUAAAUUAUUUUAUUUA